UUGACUUCAUUGCUGAAAAGUUCAGACGAGCGAAUGUUGAAUGUUGUAGAUCUAUUAUGGUUGAUAAGAUCGAUUUCUCAGAGGUGCCAAAAGAUGUAGGAGAUGAGUAUGAUUCAGCCUUUGAGUCGGAGAUUAAAUCUAAAAGGCAGGUUGACAAAGGCCUUGUGAAGGAGAGAAAAAGUCAAACCAAAGUUGCAAGCAAGCGUCAACUGGAGGAUGAAUUGAUUAGAGAAGAGGGCAAAGCCUACAGAUAUCAUGCAGUGGCCAAGGAUGUUUACAGCAGGCAUAAAGAAUACAUCAACAACUACCUGCACUACUACGGUGGCUCGCAGGUGGACCUAAGGAGGGACACGUCAAGGGACAGACGGGAUGCAGAUGUCAUCAAAGACAACCAUCAAUUUUUAUGGGAGGAAGAUGAUCCAGUGGACAGUUGGUUAAGACAUAUUACAUCUACCAUCCUGUCUCUCCAUCUACCAUCCUGUCUCUCCAUCUACCAUCCUGUCUCCAUCUACCAUGUCAAGUAUCACAUAGGUUUGACCAGCUGUUUCCUAUUGCAGGUUGGCAUGCGCUGGAGAACACAACAGGAAGUUGUUGACGGCAUUGGCCAGUUCGCCUGUGGUAACAAAAAGUGCAGGGAGAGAGAAGGCCUUAGAAGUUGGGAAGUUAACUUUGGCUACAUGGAGGCCGGGCUCAAGAAAAAUGCUCUUAUCAAGUUACGCUUGUGUCCUGACUGUUCUUACAAGCUCAACUAUCAUCACAAACACAAGGAGGCGACACAGAAGGUGCCACAGAAGGCAAGCUCACCUCCCCCAGAAAACAAGAGGACCUGCUAUUCAGUGGAGGACGCUGUCAAGCCUGAGAAGAGUGGGGGGACGUCAGAGCAGGAAGGACCUGGGGUUUGGAGUGAAGCUGUCAGUUUGGGAGAAAUCAUGUCCAGGGAGGACGAGUUUGAUAGCUACUUCACGGACAUGUUUUUAUGACCUACUCAUGGCACUGAAGAGGAUGAUGUUAGCAGCAACAGAUGGACUGACUAGCAGGUGUUUGACUGGCAGGUGUUUGGCUGGCUGAUACACACCUGACUACCAGUGUACCAAAUAGUUCCAACUUUAGAAAAUUUGUAAUAAAUACUUUAACAGCAUCA